UGGAUCAAAGACAGUUAAACACGAACAGGUUGCUUUGUUUCUAUUUCAUAGUCAAAUAUUCAGGAGCAGUUUUGUUUAGAUCAUAUAUGCUAAUAAGUAUGUUCCUCUGGGUAAUUGUGUUUCUGGGUUGUAUUUCUAUGAUCGAGUCAACAACAUGUAAUAGAUCCAAAGAGAGAACAAUGAUAUCUGAAAUGCGGUCAUUACUUGAGUCCUUAGAAAACAAGAUAAACGAAUCAAUGCAAAAGUAUGGGAGGCUACCUUGUGAAGAUUACAGACUCAGCAGAAAACUCGUGGAAUCGGUAAAGCACCAUCAUGGCUCUUGGAUUGGAGCGUCAGACUUAAAGAAAGAAGGAGACUGCAGAUGGAUUCAUGACUCGUCUAAGGUUUGUUAUUCUAAGUGGCAUCCAGGCCAACCGAGCAAUUAUGGAAACAAUGAAGACUGUGGUCAUUUUGCGUCAGGUUAUGAGUAUGAAUGGAAUGAUGCACCAUGCAACAUAGAAAGAAUGGGAUAUAUCUGUGAGUGUUCACAUGGAUCGAGCUGCCGUCCGUUCAAUGGAUGAGAGAAACAAGCAGCAAGAGGAAUAUUGAUAUAUUGUUUGUUUCAUUAAAACAAUCCAAACAGAA